AUGCCGCACUUUCGCGUCACCUAUCAGGUGUCCGCGCCGGAUGAGAAGGGCGCACGGGACAUCGUAGAUGCGCUGUGCCUGGAGCAAACCGUGGAGCUCCCCGAGUCUCUCGUGCCUCCUGGGACCUGGAUCAACGAGCACGUGGUGGGCAAGUGCGAGUCCCUCAGACGAUGCGCGAAGCAGCCGCAGUUUGAGGGUAAGGAUGAGAAGGACAUCCGAUGGGAGGCUGUGGUGCGUUACGCCGACGAUACCUCCGGCGGCGAGCUGCCGCAGCUCCUUAACGUGAUUUUCGGCAACACCUCGAUCAAGGAGAACGUCAAGGUGGAGGAUCUCGAGCUGUCUCCCACGCUGAUGGGCAAGUUCCUCGGGCCUAGGUUCGGCACGAAGGGACUGCGCGAGCUCCUGGGUGUUCCUAAGGGCCCGAUGCUCAUGACUGCGCUCAAGCCCAUGGGAACCAGCGUGGCGAAGCUCGCGGAGAUGGCUUACGCGUUCGCCAAGGGGGGCAUCGACAUCAUAAAGGAUGACCACGGUUUGGCCAACCAGCGAUACGCGCCCUACGAGGAGCGCGUGAGGGCGUGCGCCGCGGCGGUGCGCCGGGCCAACGCCGAGACUGGGCGUAAGUGCGUCUACGCCCCCUGCCUCAACGCCCCCGCGCACCUGGUCGUGCAGCGCGCCAGGUUCGCCAAGGCUGCCGGCGCGGGCGCGGUGCUCAUGAUCCCGGGCAUCACCGGCCUCGACACCAUGAGGCACCUCGCCGAGGACCCGGACUUCGGUCUGCCCAUCGUGUGUCACCCGGCGAUUCUCGGCGCGAUGCUCGGCGGCGGUUCGCAGCACGAGUGCCGAGGUUUCUCGCACAAGGUUCUCCUGGGCGUACUACCCCGACUGGCCGGCGCGGACUCGACCAUCUUCCCAUCCUUCGGAGGCCGAUUCGGGUUCAGCGAGCAGGAGUGCGUCGACAUCGCGAAGGGGUGCACCCAGUCCCUGGGCUCCAUGCCCCCGAUCGUGCCCACGCCGGGCGGUGGCAUGACUCUGGAGAAGAUCAAGAAGAUGACCCAGGUGUACACGGAGGACGUGAUGCUCCUCAUCGGCGGCUCGCUCAUCGGCCACUCGCCAGACCUGGUGGCCAACGCCAGGCACUUC